CAACAAAAUUACAGCGAGAGAUUCACAGCGAGGGGAGAAAUUCAAUUCGACAAUUGCUUCGAUCCGAAAAACUUCAACACAAUCGCGCGAGAUGGUGAAAGCAAAAAAUACGUGCUAACAAAGCAUUUCGUCAACGAUCCGAAGCCGACAGAUUUGAAAUUGGUAGAAGAGGAGUUGCCGCCUUUGCAGAAUGAAGAAUAUCUUGUGGAAGCCGAAUAUCUUUCCGUUGACCCAUACAUGAGACCCUACGUGCAAAGAUAUCCAGUUGGGAUCACGAUGAUUGGCGGUCAGGUCGCUAAGAUUGUAGAAUCCAGAAAUCCAAAAUAUCCAGUCGGCAAAAGAGUUGUGGGGAAUCUUGGCUGGAGGACUCAUACUAUUAUCAAACCAACGAUUGCCACCAACGACGAUUUCAUGACACAAUUACCACGCAUUUUGCCGGAUCUAGGCGAUCUGCCCUCAUCCUUGGGCUUAGGCAUAUUAGGAAUGCCAGGCAACACGGCAUAUUUCGGGCUGAUGGAGAUAUGCAAGCCAAAACCUGGCGAAACAAUUGUCAUUAGUGGGGCCGCCGGUGCGGUCGGUUCUCACGUGGGCCAGAUCGCUAAAAAUCUAGGCCUCACCGUCAUCGGUUUAUGCGGCUCCGACGAGAAGUGCACCUGGCUCAAAGAAUUGGGCUUUGAUGCCACCAUUAAUUACAAGACUGCUCAAGUUGCAGCAACUUUACGUAAAAUCGCUCCACAGGGCGUAGACUGUUAUUUUGAUAAUGUCGGCGGGGACAUCUCUAGUACGGUUAUAUACCAGAUGAAGCCGUUUGGUCGGAUAGCCGUGUGCGGCAGCAUCUCGACCUACAAUGCGAAUUCCUCAUCCUUACCCAAGUGUACUGUUCUGCAGCCUGCGAUGGUGUUCAAUCAACUUCAGAUGGAGGGUUUCAUCGUUUCGCGUUGGAUGAAUCGUUGGAAUGAGGGAAUCGAGCAGAAUUUGCAAUGGGUCCGCGAGGGCAAACUUCGUUAUCGUGAGACCGUGACUAAAGGUUUCGAGAACAUGUUCGAUGCGUUUAUCGGCAUGUUGCACGGCGAGAACUUCGGAAAGGCAAUCGUCCAGGUAUAGGUUGACAUCACGAGUAUGCUAGUGAAGUAUCUGCAGUUCACUUUACAUAUAUACAUACUUUAAAUAUAUAUUUCUAAAUAUUUAUAUGAAAUGAAAAAUAAGCUGUUAAUUUUAUAUUCUCUGUGAGCUUCCACGCUCUAUAUUGUGCGCUAAUACCAGAUGAAUGUGUUUUUAAAUGCCAUUUAAAUAUGAUGCAAAAAGUGUUAAGCGAAAACUUCAGUCGUUUCGAAAGAUAAAAUGUUGCAAAUAAAAUAUUUUUUUAAUAUUUA